AUGUCGACGAACGGCCCAAGAAAGUCAAUUGACAGCCUAGCAUCUGGGGCCUCAUCGCCUUCGAUAUCAUACUCAACAAGCCAGUUGGAAUCCCCUCGCGUGCCCCCUCAGCGGUUUCCCCUGAGGAGGGGAUCAACCGCGAGCUCGAUAGCCAGCAUUGGAGGUGUUUUGGACUCUUCCCAUCACCAUGUCUCAAUCGCGGAGUCUGAUCAGAAUGCUAUCUCAACCCUCCUCCAGCCACCAAUCAUCCGAACUGGCCUGACAGCCCAAAGUGCUGCAUCCGCCACCGGCUUUAAACCCCCGUCUACGCGCGAUAUCCCACCGGUGACCUUAACAAACAUCACACAUGUCGACGCAAAGGUGUUCCAACCAUACCUUUCGCAAGUGGGAACAUUGUACGAUGUGUUUCAACGGCCAAAGGAGGGCGGGGAAGAUGUCCAGCCGGCACAGGCAGCAAAGUCCCCGAGACCUGACUCUGAACGUGACUCGUUGAUGCCCUGGUCUCCCGAGCGGAGGUCCUCGGUCAUGUCAACCACCAAUUCCAGGUCAUCUUCGCCAUUUGAUACCCGAGGUCGACGUCCUUCCACUGGUCGAGGACGCGCCCCCGCAGUGACGCCGCUAUCUACGAUACCGCCCGUAUACUUCGAUGAAGGGUUCCAUCUGGAAAAUCCCCGCACAUUCGAUGUGAUAUCGGAGAAGUCCGAUGUGGUCCGGCCCCCACGGCCACCAAACAAAGAUGACAACCAAAAUAAUAGCCUCGUCGCAGAACCAGUUCAAACAGGACGGAAGGCGCUAGCAACGAAUGCCAUUCUUCAAGAGAAAUUGUCGUGGUACAUGGACACAGUGGAAAUUCACCUGAUCUCGUCAAUUUCCACAGCAUCAAAGUCAUUUUUCACAGCGCUAGGAUCACUCCGAGAGCUACACGCAGAAGCGGCCGAUUCUGUUAAUCGCAUUCAAGUUUUGAGACGGGAUCUACAGAAAAUUGACAAAGAAAUGGCUCUGGGUGGUCUGAAGAUUGUCAACUUGAGGAGACGCCGGGAAAACGUCCGAAUGUUGGCGGCUGCGGUGGCACAACUUCGUGACGUGGUCGAGUCGGUGUCCCGAUGCGAGGAGCUGGUAGAGCAAGGCAAUAUCGAAGAGGCUGCUGAAGGACUCGAAGAUGUCGAGAAGUUGAUGGCAGGCGACAAGGUCUCUGACCGCGCACAUGCAGAGGAUGAGGAUGGCUCACCCAGACGCAUUAUUGAUCUUAGGGGAAUCAAGGCACUGGAAGGAGCAUCUGAUGAUCUUGCACAACUGCGCCAACGUAUUGGCAUGGGCUAUGAAACCCGAUUCUUGAACGACCUUUUGGGAGAUCUACGACAGCACGUUCAAAACGUACCGUCAAAUACUACCCUGCAACGCUGGGGAACAUCAUUCCAACGGCAACGGGGUGUCCGACCAGUGUCCAUCUCGCCUGCCUACAUGAGCUUUGACAGUGAGCUACGCACGCAAUUGGACACGCAGCUCAACGGGCUUGCACGUGCUCGCUAUACAAUGCCAGCAGCGACUUCCUUCAAGACUGCCGUUUUACGAGAAAUGAAAGGCCUGAUUCGCAAGCACUUGCCUAGCUCUAGUGAUGACGAUAAUGAAUCUAUGGUGUCACUGUCCACGCAUGGCGGACACCAGCUAAGCCAGCAAGAAAAGUCUUCGAUUCUUGCUCGCAACCUCCGUGCACUCGAAUCCGAGGAUGCUUAUAUGAUGUUGAUGAAUGUGUAUACCGGAAUCAGCGAGUCGCUUCGGCGACUGAGCGUUCAGGUCAAAAUUUUGCUAGAUAUUGCGAGUGGUCUGGGCAAUUCACCCACCUCUGGCGUUCGGUCUCCGCCCCGAAGCCCCAACCCGCAAAGUAUGGAUCAAGCGCUCAGAUCUCCACAGGCUGGACCAACGGCUGAGGAUUUGGCUCAGGAUGAGAUUCUUCAGGUGUUGGAUAUGUCAAGUCUACUUGGCCAAGCUGUUGAUAUCGCCCAGUCUCAGAUAACGAAAGUGUUGAAGGUUCGAUCCGAACAGACAACGCAGCUUUCAAAAGAAGAGUUCCUCAACUACUUCACUCUCAAUCGACUUUUCGCUGAUGAGUGUGAAGCCAUUUCCGGACGUGGUGGUACCGCACUCAAAACCAUUGUCGGCAAUCAAAUUCGCGAUUUCAUCACUCGUUUCGGUGAUGGUCAGCGCCAUCAAAUCGUCAAGGUUAUGGACGCCGACCGUUGGGAUGCGCGGGACUUCGGCGACUCCGAAAACACAAUUCUCACACGCAUCUUAGAUGCAAGCACCAAGGACAUUGAUGCUUGGUUAGACGCAUCCAAGAUCUGGAACCAUACUGAGAAACUUGAGCAAGACGCGCCUGAUGACACCGAUGCGGCAACCAAUGGGACAGACAAGUCGAAGCUCCGCAGUGCCAUUGUCGACGAGCAGAAAUACAUUCUGCCAGACUCUGCUGUGGCGAUGAUGCGCAGCAUCGAGGAGUUUGAAUUCCUCAUGUCGAACAUCCCCAGCAUGAUUCAAGAUAUUGCGCCUCAUCUGCUCGACAUCCUCAAACUGUUCAAUUCUCGUUCCUCUCAAUUGAUCCUCGGAGCUGGUGCGACCCGCAGUGCAGGCUUGAAGAACAUCACGACAAAGCAUCUGGCUCUAUCUUCGCAGGCGCUUAGCUUUGUCAUUGCGCUAGUGCCGUAUGUGCGCGAAUUCGUCCGUCGCUCCGGCCAAGCAAACCCCUUGAUGGCCGAGUUCGACAAGGUCAAACGUUUGUGCCAAGAACACCAGAGCGGUAUCCACGAAAAGUUGGUGGACAUCAUGAGCGGACGCUCUUCGGUUCAUGUCAAUGCGAUGAAAAAGAUCGAUUGGGAUACCAAGGACUCCUCUCCAGCAGUCAAUCCCUACAUGGAGACAUUGGCCAAGGAGACAGGUACCUUGCACCGUGUCUUGAGCAAGCAUCUCCCGGACAUGACGCUCGGAAUGAUUAUGGUUCCUGUGUUCAACAGCUACAGUGAUCAAUGGACCAAGGCUUUCCAAGAAGCCAAUGUGGAAACCGACGCCGGAAAAAAGAGAAUGCUAGCAGAUGUGGAUCACUUCCGUACCAAGCUCAGCAAGAUCGAUGGUGCCAGCGACGUGAGUGACAAGCUGCUCGAAAUCGUGCAAGCUAAGCAAGUUGCCGAUGAGCCAGAGAAACCUGAGCCCGCAAGCGAGACACAGGCACAGGAGAGCUCCGAUUCGUCCAAGUCCUGA